UUAGUCAUGUGACUCUUCACCCUUGAACCCUGCGUGGUGCGCCCGCUGCUAUUUGUCAAGAUCCGGGGCCGGGACUGCUCUCUUAAAGCAUGUUAAAAUAUUAAAAUAAUGCGCAGAGCUGUGUCAUUUAGUUCAGAAUAAUACAAGCAGAAUAAGACAGACAUAAUAUUACGCUGCUUGUACGGCGAGACAAAGUCGGAAGAAGAGGCAGUUGUGCAUAUUUCGCCAUGCUUUUGCAUCUCUUCAAUGGCUGAGCAGGAUUCAGAGGCCCUACCGCUGAGCCAGGAGACCUUUCAGGAGCUGUGGAACCUGAUAACUGUACCUCCACUUGAUGAUUAUUCUUCCCCUGGCAGCAGUGGAAAUGGCGAAAAUAGCUUGCCUCCCUCCUCCAUCCUACCUCCAGUGACUGAACCACGCCAUGAGCCCAGCUCCACCUCCCUGCUCUCGACCACUGCCUUCUCGGGGGAGCUUGGUUUUCAGCUCUGCUUCCCAGCAUCUGGUGUGGCCAAGAGUGUUACGUUCACGUACUCCUUGGAUUUGAAGAAGUUGUUCUGCCAAAUUGGCAAGCUAUGCCCUGUGGAAGUCCAGUUGGAUCAUCCUCCACCACAGGGUACCAUCCUGCGUGCAACAGCUGUCUACAAGAGCCCGGAGCACAGGGGUCUAGUGGUGCGUCGUUGUCCCCACCAUGAGCAGACCAAUGAGAACAACGACGACUCCACCCCCCGCAGUCACCUGAUUCGCGUGGGAGGCUGCCUGCAAGCUCGCUACGUGGAGGAUGGGAACAUGAAGAGUGUCGUGGUGCCGUAUGAGCACCCACAGCCUGGCUCAGACGGGACCACGGUGCUCUACAGCUACAUGUGCAACAGCAGCUGCAAGGGCGGCAUGAACCGGAGGCCCAUCCUGACUAUCAUCACGCUGGAGACGCCGAAUGGCCAGCUCCUGGGCCGUCAGUGCUUCGAGGUGCGAGUGUGCGCCUGUCCCGGCCGGGAUAGGAAGUCCGAGGAGGACAAGCUUCGGAAGAUGAAUGAGAAGCCCGAGGUCAAGACCGCCCCCAAGGCCAAGCGUCGUAUCAAAGAGGUGUCCGAUCCAGCCUCUCAGGAGAAGACCUGCAAGCAGGUGAAGCACGCCAGCAGUGAAGAGGUCUUUCUGCUGGAGGUACAUGGGAAAGAGCGAUUUGCAAUGAUGAAGAAAAUCAAUGACGCUCUUACUCUAAUGGACCUGUUGCCCCCAGCGGAUCGGGACAAGUACCUGCGGACGAUCUUCCAAAGAACCAGCCAAACCAGAACAACAAGCAUUGGACCAGAAAAUAGGGAAGAUACUCCUUGUGAGGGUGGAGAGCAGUUCUGAGAUGCUGUAUCUGGGAGGGAUUUCAAUCCUCUCAUCCUGCAGGUUGUGCUGCUCAGCUUUCCAGCACUGCUAUGUUUCUUUUUGCUUUGCUAUUCUGCUAUUUUUUUGCUAUAUGAAUUCAGAGUAAAACUGACAGGUGUUGAUUGAAUUUUCUGUAAUUCCCUUGAGCAAUUUAAAUGCACAUUGUAUUUAAUAAACAUCAGUCUUCACCAAUAAAACUAUUAAAGGGGAAUACAGGCAGUCCCCAGGUUACAAACAAGAUCUUGCCCUAACCCUAACCAUACACUAGAAGACUGAAAAACACCCUGUCACAUCUAAAGACAGUGUGUCAUUUAGUUAAAGACUACAGUUCUGCAAAGACUGGUGCUUUCACAAGGUCUCUCUGAUGCUGGAGAAGGCUCAUCUAUUGCUGCUCGAUGUCCACGCUAGAAUGAGCCGAGACUAAUCACCUAUAAUAGUGUUAAACAUGGCUGACCUUAUCAUAACAUCAAGACCAGAAAAAGAUGGCUAUCGACCAUUUUACACCAAGCACACGACAGCUCUAACAAAGCUCGCGAUUUUAUCUUGACAUUGGAAAUAUGUCUGUGACAGGUUAAUCGCCCGAAAAAGCAUUAGGUGUAAGGCCAGCAUAAGUCUGUCUUUAGGUCAGUAGGUGAGUUUGAAUAUUAAUACAGUAAUAAUAAAAAUAGCUACAUAUCGUAUAAUACUACAACCCUAUACAACACAGGGAAACACUAUAGGGUCCCUUUAGUAAAUGAGGCUGGAACUUCCUAAAUUAAGCUGGAAGUUCAUAACCCGUGGACUGUCUGUAUACACUAUUUUAUUAAUAAAGCUAUGUUUAUAACACUUUUUAGUAACACAGGCUGCUGUAAUUUGUUUACCAUUAUGUAAAACUCUGUUCAUUUCAGUGCAUAUGUUUACUGUACGAGGGGUUGCAGAUAGUUUUUUUUUCCUGCCAGUUUUAAACAUAAAAAAGCAUGUAUGCAUUUUACAUGCUAUUAAAAUAAGGCUUAAAAAGUCUAUAACCUGUCGCAACCUAGCAGCUAAAGCCUGUAUUUCUAAACAGAAGACUGGUUUCUCUCCUCAUUUCUGCCUUUUCUUCCUAUAUUAGUUUCACUUCUGAAAUGUACACUUUCUGCAUAUUUUUCUAUUAAAAAAAAUUCACAAAUAAA